GGUGUAUUCACAUUCAGAGACACUCCUCCUCUUCACAGAUAUAAAAGCAGGAGGUAAACAGAUCCAUGGGCAGAGCUGCAGCACGGCAAUGGAGAAUCCACAAAGAGGGACAUAUGACAAAUUAUCAUUAAUACCAACGUUUUCUGAUGUUUGUUCUCGCUAUAAAAACUUUGGACAAGGUAGAGAUGGAUCUAACCGAGUGGUUCUACUUUGUCUGAGUCUGUUGAACGUUGUUCUGCUGAUAGCUGCUGUUGUUAUCGGGAUUAACUGUGCCAAAGUCAGAGAGGGCUCUCUCCAGGUUUCCCACUGCGCUGCAACACAGCUCAUCAAUGAGCUCAACUAUAACCACAGCGAUGUGAUCAAGGCCGAAGAGGAGGCCAAGAACGCGUUACAGAGAGCGCUCACAAACCAUGCACAGAUAAAGGUGAACAUUGAGCAGCAGAAGACCAUCAAUGACAAUUAUCAGAGACAGAUGCAGGCACUGCAAACACAGAAGACAAAUCUGCAGUCCAAUAUUUCGGCUUUGGAAGGAACCUGUGGCAGAUGCCUCUCCGGAUGGUUACUUCACAACUCAUCCUGCUAUUUCUUUUCUUUCACUGAGUCCUCCACUGUAAAAAAGAACUGGCCAGAUAGCAGAGCAGACUGUAUCCGUCGUGGAGCCGACCUGAUUGUGAUUGAUAACCUGGAUGAGCAGGUUUUAAAGAAAAAGAACAGUCGACAGAGCCACAAGGCAAACACAAGGAAUCUGCAAGAGGGUCGACCCCCAGCUGGAACCUCACAACCAAAAUUGUCCAAGUGAGCAGACCUGAACUGACACUUUGAAGAAGAAAUCAUCAGGUGUCAUCACAUCAAGUCAACCGUCAAAUCUCUCAGAAAAGUCUCUGAAUUGUUUCUUUUAAUACCUUUUAAGAGUUUUGUUACAGACCUCUUGUCUACAUUGUUUUUAAUAUAUAACAUAUUAACUAAACAGAACUGUCUAAGAUAGUUUGGUCUCUUAACAAGCGCAUGUAAAUAUCAACAAAUAGCUUUAGUGUAGUGUAUUAUAGCGACUGUACACGCAAAACAAAAGACAGCUGUUAGUUUUAUUUAUGGCGUUUAAACAAAGAAUGAAGCAACAGUGCGACUGUAAGAAAAGAGUUUAUACAACUGUUACAUCAACUGUUGAACAAAAUAAACCAUAUUUUUAAAUGCUGUCAACACACUGUAUAAAAAAGAUCCCCUAAGGCACAGCAUUGUCAUACUUGCACUAGUUUUGGUUUCAAUAGCUUGCUAAGGCACUCUGGCUGUAUUAAAUGUUGCAUUUUACUGCAGGAAAAUA